UGGACCGAGCAACCAAGCCAUGGCUGAAUAGGUCUGCAGAUGAUCAUCCUUGGGGCUCGGUUGGUGGAGUGUUUUCCUGGCCCCCAAGGUCAUACCCUUGCAGUUUUUGCAGGAGAGAGUUCAGGUCUGCACAGGCACUCGGUGGACACAUGAAUGUGCACAGGAGGGAUAGAGCAAGGCUGAGAGAGUCUCUGUCUCUUGGUGACGAUGAUGAUCUUCUUCAACAUGCCACUCGAGCUCCUGCUGCUCUUCCAAGCCCCAGUUCAAAACCAGUACUCUCCAUGAUUUCUUCCUCUUCAACAUCACUUGUAACACCAAGUACUGAAACAUCAACCGAUGCGCCUCUUGUUGGUACCCCUCUGAAGAACAAGUUUCCUUCCAAGGUAGUUGCUGCUUCUUCUUCUUGGUUUGGUUAUUCAGGAAUCAGGGGGUCGACCAACCAAGAGAAAGCAGAUGAGAAGCAGACAGAAGGAGAAGAAAGAGAGAAGAUCAUGUGCAUUAAAGAACUGGACUGCGGUGAAACGCUUCCUUCCUUGGUGAGGCCCUUGAAUGGUAGUGGAGUAGGGAGCUUGAGGAGCAGCAACUGCUUGGAGAAUGGCAUAGACUUGGAACUGCGGCUUGGCUACAGUACCGACAUGAGCAAGAACGUGGAUUCGGCUUAGAUUGUGGAGUUGAUUUUAUUUUCAGUUUUUGCAUUCCAAAGGACAACGACAGUGUUGAUCAUGAUGCUCUAUAUGUCUUGCUGAUUUUCACAUCACUAAAUGCUCUCUCUCUCUCUCGUUUGGUUUGUGUAUCCAUUGCUCA